AUGAAAUGUAAUCAAUUAGGAGUCCUAGCAGAGGUGCAUUACCAGAUCGGUAUGUAUAAAUGUAUAAAUUCCUUGAUGAAAUCUCAUGUAUGUUGGAGACCAGUGGAAGGGAACUUACCACAUGUAAAGACAGGCCGUGAUAUUGCGUCAUUAAUCAGAGUGAGUCACUUAUUAUCAAUCACGACUGUUAUUAUCAAAAGCAGUAUGGAAAAGGAAAGACGAGUGGCUCUUCGAAGGAAUGUCUUGUUCGCUUUAUCACACUUUCGGUAUUAUUCCAGCUCGGACUGUUCUCUGACCUCAAACUUCUCUCCCUUUGUCCGACAAUUUCGAACCGAUUUGCGCUGAUAUAUAUUGUAAUAAUAUUAUUUCUGUCUCGUUGCUGCGGAUCCUCUUGGAUGAUCAGCUCGAUGUUCUUGCAUGCAAUACCUCUCACCGAGUGGUCCUUCUUAACUUGGUCAAAUCGAUCGAUUCGAUUUCACUUCCACUCCGUAAUAACGGAAAUUAAUUAAUCUUGAUGUACCUUUCCGUUUUACAGACUCGCCGUCCGUCCGCGAAGUGAGGUGUUAUUGCAAUCAACCGGAAUGCGUGCCUCAAGGAUACAUGUGCCGUGGCAGGGGCUGCUUUUAUCCAUCGUUAUUAAGAUCGGAGCAUAGCGCUUACAGUGGUUGUCUCGACGAGAGCUUCAAAGAACAGCAAUGUCCCACGGGAUACCUAUGUUGCGAACAGGAUCUUUGCAACCACGUAGAUAGUCCAGCCAUGAGAAACAGGCUCAACAAGACUCUCCAAGGUUACAACGAACAUUCUCAUUGCAAGAUCAUUAAAAUUGCGCGCAGUUGA